AUGGGCGGUACAGCGGCCCCGCUGCCACCACGAGUGCUCUGCAUCCAGUCGCAUGUAGUGUCGGGGUAUGUCGGCAACAAGUGCGCGGUGUUCCCGCUGCAGCUGCUGGGGUUUGACGUCGACCCGGUCAACAGCGUGCAGUUCAGCAACCACACCGGGUAUCCAUCUUGGAAUGGAGAGAUCAUGGAUGGUGCCAUGCUGUGGCGACUGGUGGAGGGGCUGGAGGCCAACCAGCUCAUUCGCUACACCCACCUGCUCACUGGCUACAUUGGCUCGCCGUCCCUGCUGCGCACCGUUGUGCGGGUGGCCGAGAAGCUGCAGCAGUACAAUCCAGACCUCGUGUACGUGUGCGACCCCGUGAUGGGCGACGAUGGGCGGCUGUAUGUGCGGCCCGAGAUGCCGGCGGCCUUCCGCGACCUCAUCGCCCCGCUGGCAUCCAUCAUCACACCCAACCAGUUUGAGGCGGAGCAGCUGACGGGGCUGGCCAUCGGCAGCGAGAGAGAUGCGCUGGAGGCGUGCUCCGCGCUGCACGCGCGCGGGCCGCACACAGUGGUCAUCACUAGCUCGGCGCUGCCAGGGUGGGAGGAGCACGUGACAAUCCUGGCCAGCACCGCGCAGGCGCAGCGGGGCGGCGGGGCGCGGCAGCUGCGCAUGAGAGUGCCUCGAGUGCAUGCUUACUUCACUGGCACCGGCGACCUGUUUACUGCGCUGCUGCUGGGCUGGCUGCACAAGCACCCCGACGACCUGAAGACGGCUCUGGAGGCGGCGGUAGCGGGGUUGCAGGCGGUGCUGCGCGACACAGUGGCACAGGCCGGCGCCGCGGCCUCCGCCACAGAGCGCACGGCGGCGGUUUGUGCGGCGCGGGAGCUGCGGCUAGUGCAGAACCAAGGCGCCAUCCUGCAGCCGCAGCUGAUGUUCACGGCGGAGCCCAUUGGAUGACGGCAAUGGGCACGGCAAGUUUUCGUUCCUCUUAGGGGCUGCCAGGACAAGCCAUGUGACGUGCGGCUGGCGGCUGGCGGCAGCUGUGCCCACACUGCCCUGCGGAGGCUGCAAUUCCCGAUUGCCUUGAAUUCAUUCAUUAUUGAAGAAUGCAAUUGCUAAAUCUACUGACG